GAGAAACAGAUUCCCCACUGAAUGGAGAGCCCAAAGUGGGACUCAAUCCCAGGACUCUGGGAUUGUGACCUGAGCUGAAGGCAGAACUUAAUUGACUGAGCCACCUAGGAGCCCCUCCUCUCACCACUUUAUAAGGAAGUACUUUUCACCUGAAUUUUCAAUAGAGAGGUUUUUUGGUUUUUGGUUUUUUGGAGAGGUGAUUCUAGACAUUAUCAGCAGAAGGAGAGAAAGGAGGCAGCCAGUAUAGGAUGUGUUAAUGAAAAUGAUACUCUCACACAGCUACAGGCACCUGGGCUUCACUCCCACUGGAUUAUGCCUCAAAGUUGUCCUAGCACCUAAGGGGUAAAGAGGUGGAAUGUUCGUUGGGACAUGAGCAUGUAGAUAAUUUCUUAAUAACAUGUUAAAGUGUUUUGGCUUGGAAAGAACCUUUGCGAUCAUUUAGGCCAACUUUCUCUUUGACAGAUGAGGAACCUGAAGCCCAGUGAGGCCAAGUCAUUUAAGCCACAGCCACAGGCCUGUUUAUCAUCCUGGGGCCAGAAACAAAUUCUCCUUAUCAGAGUCCAAGUGCCUUACUAGCCUAUUCAUUUUUUUUCUUUAUUAGGCUUAAUUCUGGACAUGCCCUUACUACUGAAUUUUGAAGUUUCUAAAUUGCCCCAGCCUGUCUUUGUCUACAAAUAACAAUAUUGAUUACUCCCUAUACCUUACUGUAGAAUAUGAAUGGGGCAAGGAUUAUGUUUCCCCCAUGUUACAUGUGGAAAACCUAAAGCUCAAAGCAAUACAAUGAUAUCCUCAUGCCUAUGGAUUAUAAAACUUAAUCCUGAGCGAUAAUUGAAAAUGUAAAGGAAUAAAAAUGUAUUAUCUUAGCAAAGAUGCCUGAACCAUCCAGCUCAAGCCAUGUUGUCUCAUGGAGCAAUCCCUUCCUGUGCUCGUUCUCUUUCUUUAGUCCACUGCUCGGCUGGGCACUCACUGAAAAAUCUGCCAACCUCCAACCAUUGGUCUUCACCAUGUCAUCCAUAGAGCAAGCAUGGUUGUUAGUCAUCUCCUUAUGACCAGAACGCAGUGUAAGAGCCAGUAAAUCCUGUGGAAAAUGGCCUUCAGUGAGCUUACAUCAAGAACUGUACGUCUUUAUGAUAAUUGGAUCAAAGAUGCUGAUCCAAGAGUUGAAGACUGGCUCCUUAUGUCCUCACCUCUGCCACAAACCAUCAUCCUGGGACUCUAUGUCUAUUUUGUCACUUCUCUAGGACCAAAGCUCAUGGAGAAUCGAAAGCCCUAUGAACUCAAGAAAGCGAUGAUAACGUACAAUUUCUCCAUAGUACUCUUUUCUGUGUAUAUGUGUUAUGAGUUUGUGAUGUCUGGCUGGGGCACAGGUUAUUCAUUUCGAUGCGAAAUUGUUGACUACUCACAGUCACCUUCAGCACUGAGGAUGGCACGCACCUGCUGGCUUUAUUACUUCUCCAAAUUUAUUGAGCUGUUAGAUACUAUCUUUUUUGUUCUGCGUAAGAAAAAUAGCCAAGUGACUUUCCUGCAUGUCUUCCAUCAUACCAUCAUGCCAUGGACCUGGUGGUUUGGAGUCAAAUUUGCCGCAGGUGGUUUGGGAACAUUCCAUGCCUUUCUAAAUACAGCUGUACAUGUAGUCAUGUAUUCCUACUAUGGGCUGUCUGCACUGGGACCAGCCUUCCAGAAGUAUCUGUGGUGGAAAAAAUAUUUGACAUCAUUACAACUUGUCCAGUUCAUUAUUGUCACCAUCCAUAUAGGCCAGUUCUUUUUCAUGGAAGAUUGCAAGUACCAGUUUCCAGUCUUUCUGUACAUCAUUAUGAGUUAUGGGUGCAUCUUUCUGCUGCUCUUUCUCCAUUUUUGGUACCGUGCUUACACCAAAGGCCAGAGGCUGCCCAAAACUGUGAAAAACGGAAUCUGCAAAAACAAAGAUCAUUGAAAUGCAGGCACAACGUGAAUCUAUAAAUGAGACUGGUAUCUUACUUUCCUUGACAAUCAAGAGCUAUUUCCAUGUGAAGUGCAUUUUGUAUAUUUUUCAAAACCAAGAGCUUGUAUUUUUAUGAUAAGUUAUUGGGGUUUCUGAUAUUUGAGAGCCAAAGCUCCCAGAUAACAGAGUCUAAUUAGAGCCUAAAGCAGGCAGUUUUUCAGCUGCUUUUAAACUUAAUCUAAAGGUUUUAUUUAAUACAUUUUGUUACAGUGAAAGGAGGAUAUGAAACAGUAUAGUACUUUUCAAAGAAGUUCGGUAUAGAUGAAAAAUAUCAUUAGAUAUUUUGAACACAGACAGAGAUCCAUGCUCUACUAUAGAUUCCUUCUACCAACUCUGAAAUUCUAACUGUGGGUCUGGCUUUGUUGCUUGGUGAUUAUAUUCAGAAGACACUCUGUUUACUCUAGAGUUAUUCUAAAGAGCUAACACUGGUGAACAUUAAGUGAAUUUUUGAUAAGUUGUCAUUUAACAUCACUAACAGUAAUUUUUAAUGGAUCUCUUGUGUAGCUACCAAUAGUUCUGCUAGUAAGACUUCCCUACAGCACUUUUGUUGUAUAUACUGUUUGGAAGUAACAGUUCUUUCGGUUAGUACAUCAAUGCAUAUGACACUAAGGUUAGGUUAAUAUUUUGAAAACAAGAUGAUUUGUUCUGUGGCUUAAUGAACACUGUGCUGUUAGUAUUUUAUAGUUAACUUUGUAUAUGUCUGGAAGGAAGUGAAAUUUGUCAAUGGAAAAAGUAGGCUGUAGCUCAGUGGGAAAAAUCUGUGGUCUGUUGUAUGUUACAAUGUCACUUUCUCAUAUUGUCUUGGCUUAAAGGAUUAUCUGGUUAAAUAUGUUUUGGUGAGGUAUAUAAAUGUUCAUAUCAUUAGCACACUACAAGGACUCUUAAAUCAUAAAUGAUUUCGGACUUCCCAUUAUAAUAGUUUCCAGAGAUGGGUUAGAGUCAUUUGUGAAGCAACUGGAAGCAAAUGGUGGCACAGAAAUUCUCUAGGGACUACUUGGUUAUGUAAGGGUCUCUAAAUAGAGGAGAAAGAGAGAGGCCAUUUAAUAGUUGUUAUAGAUACAGUGCAUGGAAAGCCAUUGCCCAGAAUUAUGAAUUAAUAACCUGGAUUUAUAUAAACUAUAUAAUGAAGACCUGAAACUCAUUUUUGCUUAGUUUUGUUUCUUCACAAUUACUGCUUUCUAAAAUUCUCUUGUUCUCACGUUUUCUUGUUGGCAAACCAAAAAUACUGGUCCAUAGAGUUUUGGCCCAGAAGCAAUGAUAUUUGGACAUUUCUGAAUUUUUCCCUAUUGCUUUCAUUCUUGUUAUAUUUGUACUCAAUUUUGAAGAACUACUUAUGCUUAUAUGACUUUAAACAAUUAGUCCUUAUGGGCCAUAGUUAUGUAACACACAGUGAUAACAUUGUACAUCAAAACUAAAGUUGUUCAUCCUUGUAAACUCCUGUAGUUAGGCAUAUCACCCCAAACAUUUAAUCUAUACCAUGGCCUCUUCUCUCACACUUACCAGAUUUAUAAGGCUAUUUGCCUGUAAGUGACCUUUACUUAUUUCACUUGCUUACAAUAUGAGAAGAUGAGAGUUGAUAAAGGGGGAAAUAUCUUAUUUUUCUUAAGUAAAAAAAUUAACAGAAAGCAGAAUUAAAAGAACAGCAGCUAUAAUUAUUUAUCUGAGGGUCUCAGGGUUCCUUAACUCUUUUCCCAUUUUAGCUCUUCACAGCCAGCCAACCUAUGCUAAAAUGAGACGGUGUCCUAGGUACUUUACUCAAUGCACACAACUCCCAAAGACCCAAGCAGGGUAAAGACCAAAAGGAAGCCCAAAGAAAAGAUGGGCCAGGAGAGUUUGGUUUUCAUAAUAGUUUCUGCCCUGCAUUGUACAACCUGUUGUAACCUUCCUGUUGUCUUUAAGAUGUCUGAUUUGCUUGUGAACUAACAGCAACAUGUGAUGGAACCAUGUUCUAAAUGAUGUGACUAGAAGUGGAGAGCUGGAACAUUACAUGAAAAGAAAUCACAACUAGCACAAGUAUCCUCCAUAUACACAUCAUUAGAUCAAAAUGAAUAUCACUGGAUGUAGGUUGUACAUGGACAUUGUCUUAUUAAAGGGCUCUGUGGGUCACACAGAGUUUCUGUUAAGGUUUCAUCCACUUUUCAGGACUUUAUUGCCUUUAGAUUUGCUUACGUAACAAAGAGACCAGUUAAAAAACCUGGUUUACAACAUGAAGUUCUAUGAAUCCUUGAAAACCUAUGUCUGUGCUGUAAAUAAAUACAGAUACAAAAUUUUAAAUGUC